AUGAAUGAUAUAGAUAUAGAGGAAUAUAACAAAAACAUAAUCCAGGAACUAAAUGAAGCUGAAGAAGAAGGUGAAUUAUCGUUGUCUAUGUUUUUGCAUGAUUUGAUAGAAAUAGAUAUAGAAUCUAAUUUUACUUAUAAUUAUAAAGUAAUAGAUAGAAUAAUAAAUAUAUGUAUAAAAUCUUUGAAUAACCAUUUAAUACUACUAUCUGAUGAAUGCAUGUAUUUUAUUCGAUAUUGUAUAAAUAAAUGUAUAAAUAUUAAAGAAGAAAUAAAUGAACAGUUUUUUAGAAAUUUAAAUAUUAUUUUAAAUGUAUUUUUAAAUGAGACAUAUUUUUUAAAGGAUUCAUUUUUGUUAUUUGAAAGAACUUUUUUUUUUUUUAUUUUGGAUUUAAAUAAUAAUAUAAAUAUAAUGGAUAUAUGGAAAAAUUAUGACAAAGAGCUAGCUAUUUUUUACACAUCAUUAUUGCAUAUAUUAUCUUAUCAUUUAUCAUUAAUGAAUCAAAGUAUUAAUAAUUUAAAAAAUCAAAAUUUAAGUUCAAAUUCUACACAAAUAGGAUGUUCAAGAAUAAAAAUAAUCGAAAUCGGAUUUGAUGUUUUACUUUUUAUUUUUAGAUCCAUAAAUCAUAUUAAUUUAGUUGAAACAAUUGGAAAAGAAACUUGUUUGAAUUUAUCAAAUACAAUUAUAAUACCUGAUCAUAUUGAAAAUAUUAUAAAUCAGUUUGAAUUAAUUCCAGAUAUCGAAAUUAAAAAAAAAAUAUUAUCUUUAUUUAAGGUUAUGCAAAAGCGCAUUUUAGGGAAUACAAAUGAAUCUAUUUUAGACAAUAUAAACAAUUUAAUAAAUAAAAAAAUAACUUAUUAUUUAACUAUAACAAAAGAAAAUAAUAUAAAUAUCGAUACUUUAAAAGAAUCAUCAUAUAUUUAUGUUAAUAAUAAUAAUCUUUUUCUUAGCACUUUUAACACAAUUUCUGAUGUAGAAACCGAUCAAAACGACAAAAUUAUUUUAUCAGCAAAAGGGUAUAAAGGAAAUUUAUUAUUAAAUUUUUUUUAUGUCUAUUUUUAUAAUACACAAAAUCAGUUACUUAUAGUAUUGUCAUAUGAUAGAGUAAAAAUAAAAACAGACCCCAAUUCGAAAACAAUCAUUUUUCAGUUUAAGAAAGCUGAUGCUUUAGGUGUAAUUUCCAACAGGAUCAGAAAACAGUUUGAAGAUAAGAUGCUUGAGAAUGUAGAAAUAUCAAUAAGAUUUAAUACAGAAUCUAUUAAAGAUAACAUUUUUGAAAUUAUAAAAAAUUUAUCUACUAUUGAAAAUGUUAUAUAUGACGAUAAGAAUAACCAAAGACCCACAUCAGAAGAUAUAAAGGAAAACCAAACAGAUGUAGACAAAAUUAAUAAUGAAAAUAGUAAUAUUCUUGGAGAUCCUCAAAAUCAAAUAUUAGCAGAAGAUAUAUAUUUUAAUUGUAUAGAAAAACUUGAACGAAGAAAAGUAAGUUUUGCAACAACAAAAGAAAUAUGUUUAUUAAAAGGUAACAUAUCUAUGGGAAAAAAAACAAUGCCAUUAAAUAUGUCAAUAAAUUAUAUGGAUUGUAAAAAUAAAGAAAAUAUUCAAGAUAGUGAUACAAGUAGUAUUAGCAACCAAAGUUGUGAUAAAUACAGUGAUGAAUAUAUUGAAGAUGUGGAAAAACAAAAUAUAUACACAGAAUCAGAAGGAAAUAUAGAAGAUAAUAAUAUUAGUGAUGAUCAAAUAGAGCAAUCAAAUAUUUUCGAGAAUAAUGAUGAAAGUGAUACAGAAAUGCUUAAAAUUAGUUACGCAACAUCCAAAGAUUUUAUUAUAAAACAAGGAGACAAUGAAAAUAAUGAAGAGAUAUGUAUAUAUGAAAGUAAUAGAGAAAAUUUCGAUAAUUAUAAUAGUGAAUAUAAGUUAAAGGAUGAUAAUGAACAAAUUCAAAAUGAAUGUAAAGAAGAAAAUUUUAAUUAUGUUAAAAGUCCAAGUCAAAUAAAAGAUAAUUCUAUAGAAAAGUUAGUACUUAAAAGAGGUUCAAAUUCAGAAGUAUAUAAUAACAAUAAUACUAACGGUUUUAAUUUGUUUAGUGAAAAUAGUACACAAAAAUGUGAUAGUAUUAUUUAUGAUACAAAUUGUGAACAUGAAAUCAAAUCGGAUAAUUAUAAAAGUAUCGAAAGUGAGAAAUGUGAGCAAAUAGAUCUUGCCAACAAAAAUAAUGAUAUAUGCGAAAAUAAUAAUGACAAUAUAAAAAGUUGUGGGCUUUUCAAAGAAGAAAUAAUUGAAUGUGACAAUAAAGAAACCUCAAAAAAAAACAAAAGAAAAAAUGAUUUUAAUAACACACAAUGUAAUCCGAUAAAAUCACCUGCUGAAAUAAUAAAAACAUUGCUAAAUUAUGAUGAAAAACACGAAAAACUUACUGAAUGUAUACAAAGCUUAAGUAAAUAUAAGAAGAGGAAUAAAGGAUACAGCCAAAAUAUAAGAACUAAAAAUGAAGUAUUAGAUGAAGAAAUAAAAUAUGUUAAUAAAGAAAAUGAAAAAAGUAAUAUAAUAAAUUUGCAGGAAUCGUGUCAAAAUAAAAAUGAUGAAGAAUGUAACAUUCGAAAUAAACAAAUAUACUUAAAUAAUAACAUUUCAGAAACAAAGGAAUGUUCAGAAAUUGUGAACAUAAUAGGAAAGGAUGAACCAAGUAAUGAAACUCUUUCAAAUAAUGAUGGUGAAGAUAUAAAUAAAAAUAAAUUAAGUCCAAAUCAUUACAUAGAUAAACCAUGUUCAGGCAGUAAAAGCAAAAAGAGAAUAACCACCAAUACAUCUUAUGAUAUAAAAAGUAAUAGUUUUUUUAAAAAUAACAUUGAUUCCCCAUAUCCAAUAAAAAAAGUAAAAUAUAAUUAUUAUGAUCCUGAAUUUUUAGAUAUAUUAAAAAAAGGAGAUAACUUGGAAAAUUUAUCAGCUAAGUAUUUAAUAAAGGCUUAUACAUUAAUGCAAUAUAAUAAAAGAUAUAUACAUAUACAAAUAAUAGAUUAUUUUAGAUACAUAAGACAAAAAAUAUUGUUAUCUUAUGAAAAUAUAAAUUUAAAAUAUAAAAAUUUAUUAAAAGAAAUACAAUCAGAAUAUGAUACACGAUUUCAACGUAUUAUAUCUAAGUACUCUAAACAGCUAUUAGAACAUAAUAAAAAAAAAACUAUUAAUAUAACCAAUAUACCAAAUCCUAUUGAUACAAAUAUAAUUAAAGAAAAACUCAAAGGUUUGUAUGAUACAUUUAAUGUAGUUCAAAGAACUAUAAAGGAUAAAGUCUUAAAUUCAAAAAUUUUAUUGAAAUAUAAGCAAAGUGACAUAUACACACCUUCUUUUUCAUUGGGUACUAUUGUAUCGAAAUGUUCCUCAUGA